CCAUUAAUGAGCUGCUAUGAAUGUGAGAUUAAGUUUUAGUUUCCCGACCCAUUAUCAUCAUCAUCAUGGAGAAGUGGCCGCAUGUUGUGAGCAUAGCUGGCGGGGUUGGUAUGGCUCUGAUUAUUGGCACUGUAUUAACAAAAACUUCAUGGAUCAGAAACAAAUCUAUUAAGCAACGUAAUCUUCCUCCAGAAAUCAUUAGCCAAAUACUGAUCCGAUUACCAAUCAAAUCAUUGCUGCGAAUGAAAAGUGUUUGCAAGUCUUGGCGUUAUUUAUUAACCGAAGAUCGCUUCUUUUUAGAGAAUCAUAUCUCCGUUCAUCAAUUUCACAAUGGUGAAUUGUUUAUCAACGGCGAGACUUUUAAACUACUGAGUGCCCGAGAUGGCUUGCUGCUUACGAAAAGCAAUGUUACGUCCAAGUACUGGAUACAAAACCCGGUGACGAAGCACCGGAUGAUUCUACCUGAUCCGCGUCAUAAAGAUCACCUAUAUAUGCAUAUUCUGUAUGUUGCAUCUACUAAUGAAUAUAAAUUGGCAACUGCAUACAAGGACAAGGAUGAGAAUGCAGGCUGUGAAGUGUUUACUCUUGGGCGGGACUUUUGGUGGAGAACUAUACGGUUUCGCCCCCAGUUUACUUGUAUGAACACAGACGAAGAGACGAUUUCAGUCGUCAGAACAAUCGGCACCCUUCACUCUGUAAGGGUAGACAAGAAUGGGCCUAAAGAAAUGAUCUCUCUUGAUUUAGAAACCGAGACUUUUACUAGAAAUGCUCUGCCGCAAUCUUUGUUUUCAAAUUGGACCAAAAUUUGGACUCUACAAUGGAAUGAUAAGUUAGGAUUUGGUCAUAUAGACGGCGAAAAAGGUGACUUUCAUGUGUUGGUGCUCAGGGAUUAUAAGAAUCUCAAAUGGGAUAAACAGAUGGUGCUCCCAUUGGCAGAUUGUUUGAAAAUCAAACCGCUAUUUUUUCAAUCCUUUAUUCCUUAUCUCACUAUUUAUGGUAUCUUUCACUUCUAUUUGUCGCACCAAAGAAAAGUCUUUGUCUACAAAAUUGCAUCUGCGGAGGUUCUAAAAAUAUUCUCCCUGCCUCCCGGAAAGUCUAAUAUUUUGAGCGGUGUCAGCUUACUUACUUUAGGAGGGAUGAUAUCACAGGUUCACAGGUUCGGUAACAAUCACAUUAUAAACUACACCGUUAACCCGGUAAUGUCCAGUGAUCAGUCCAACUAAUAGUGCUUAUUCUUUUUCUCUUUUUAUGUCUCUGUAUUUUAGCUUUUUAUUCUCUUUUUAUACAUCCAAACCAUUUCGCUUU